AUGGCUAUUGGUCAUCAUGUUCGCUUGUGUUUUUGGCUUGCCAUUGCAAUUAUCUCCACCACUUUGGCUCAACCCAACAAUUAUAUCAUCCACAUGGACUCAACCAUGAUGCCAAAAGCCUUUGCUGAUCACCAUUCAUGGUACUUGGCCACAGUAAGCUCUGCGCUGAGCAAGUUUAGGCCAAACACCACCACAACCACCUCUUCUUCUGCACUCUCUUCUAAACUUAUUUACAGUUAUACUCAUGUCAUAAAUGGGUUCAGUGCAAGUCUCUCCCUUUCUGAGCUCGAGGCCUUAAAAACCUCUCCAGGCUACAUUUCUUCAGUCAAAGACUUGCCAGUAAAACCAGACACAACUCACUCCUCUCAGUUUCUUGGCCUCAGUUCCAAAUCUGGAGCUUGGCCGGUUGCAGAUUAUGGCAAAGAUGUCAUAAUUGGAUUGGUGGACACUGGUGUUUGGCCAGAAAGUGAGAGCUUUAGUGACGAUGGAAUGUCAGAAAUCCCACCAAGAUGGAAAGGUGAAUGCGAGAGUGGCACCCAAUUCAACUCCUCUUUGUGCAACAAAAAGUUGAUUGGGGCAAGGUUCUUUAACAAAGGGCUCAUUGCCCAAAACCCCAACUUGACAUUUCCUGUGAAUUCAACAAGGGACACAGAUGGGCAUGGGACCCACACCUCAUCCACAGCAGCUGGAAAUUAUGUGCCCGGGGCAUCUUAUUUUGGUUAUGCACCGGGCACAGCUAGUGGCAUGGCUCCGAAGGCUCACGGUGACGUGGCCAUGUACAAGGCUCUUUGGGAAGAGGGCAAUUUGUCUUCUGAUAUAAUUGCUGCCAUUGAGCAAGCGAUUAUAGACGGUGUGGAUGUUUUGUCCUUGUCAUUUGGGCUUGAUGGGGUUGCUUUGUAUGAGGACCCUGUUGCCAUAGCCACAUUUUCAGCCUUGGAGAAAGGUGUCUUUGUGUCCACAUCUGCAGGAAAUGAGGGCCCUUUCUUUGGCACCUUGCACAAUGGCAUCCCAUGGGUUCUCACCGUUGCCGCCGCCACAAUCGACCGUGAUUUUGAAGGAACUGCGCAUUUUGGCAACGGAGGCUCCAUCACGGGGUCUACUCUUUUUCCGGGGAAUUCAUCUUCAACCCAAUUCCCAAUUGUUUUCCUUGAUGCAUGUGACAGUUUGAAAAAAUUGAAACAGGUGGGGAAGAAGAUAGUUGUGUGCCAGGACAGAAAUGAUUCGUUAGGCAAACAAGUUUAUAAUGUUAACAAAGCAACUGUUGCCGGAGGCCUUUUUAUUACCGACAACACUGACUUGGAGCUGUUCCUCCAAAGCCCAUUUCCCACAAUCUUUCUCAGUCCAAAGGAAGGCGAAGCGAUCAAAGAUUACAUCAACAGCAACUCUCAGCCAACAGCAAGCUUGGAAUUUCGAAAGACACUUCUUGGUACCAAACCAGCACCAGUUACAACAAGCUACACCUCCAGAGGGCCAUCCCCCAGCUUCCCAUUUACCCUGAAGCCAGACAUUCUGGCUCCAGGGUCAUUAAUCCUAGCUGCAUGGCCUCAAAAUAACGCGGUAGCCGUGGUGAACAAUAAAGACUUGUUUAGUAAUUUUAAUCUCUUGUCCGGGACAUCCAUGGCGUGCCCGCAUGCAGCCGGUCUAGCCGCUCUUCUAAAAGCUGCAUAUCCAAAAUGGAGCCCUGCUGCUAUUAGAUCGGCCAUGAUGACGACAUCAGACACAUUGGAUAACACUCUCAGCCCCAUUAAAGACAUUGGUGACGGUUACCAGCCAGCCAGUCCUCUAGCCAUGGGAGCAGGUCAUGUCAAUCCCAACAAAGCCCUUGACCCGGGGCUCAUAUACGACGCGGACAUAGAAGAUUACAUAAAUCUCCUUUGUGCACUGAACUACACCAACAAGCAAAUCCAAACCAUCACCAAAUCAGCCUCGAACAAUUGCUCAACUCCUUCGUUGGAUCUUAACUAUCCUUCUUUCAUUGCAUUCUUCAACGCAAACGAUUCGAAGCCGAAUGUACAAACCACUCAAGAAUUCCGGAGGACAGUGACCUACAUAGGAAAGAGACAGUCGACCUACGUUGCAAGCGUUACACCCUUAAAAGGGUUUGAGGUUGCAGUGGUUCCAAACACAUUGAAGUUCAAGGAGGAGGGUGAGAAGCUGAGCUUUGUGCUGAGUAUAAAAGGUCCAAGACGAACGAAGGAGACUGUGGCUUUUGGCUAUCUAACUUGGGCGGAGAGUGGAGGUGAACAUGUGGUGAGAAGCCCCGUCGUGGCCACAAACCUCAGCUCAGAUACGGUGUCGCUGCAGAGCUAACUUGCCUGCUCUAGCAAGCAUGGGAUCAUUCCUCUUUGCUAUAAAUAAAGUAUAGUUUAUAGUUUAUAAAUCACAUCAGGAUCGGGCUAACAGCAGGUUGGUGUUGUUGUUGUUACUCAAAUUAAAGCUGGCAGCUAGCAAAUAAAGAUUAUUGGGAAAGGUUUUGUGUGGUUGUUAGUCGAUG